AUGGUGACCGGGGCUGCACACACUUCAGACAGAAUGAAUGUUAUGGCCAUCAAUGACCUCUUCAUUAGCAUCAACUACAUGGUUUAUAUGUUUCAAAAUUAUUCCACCCACAGCAAGUUCAAAGGCAUUGUCAAGACUGAGAAUGGAAAGCUAGUAAUCAAAGGAAAAGCCGUUCCUAUCUUCCAGGAGCAUGAUUCCAUCUAUAGGAAAUUGCAAGAUCCUGGAGCCAAAAGUGCAAUAAAAUCCACUGCUGUCUGUACCACCAUGGAAAAAGCUAAGACUCAUUCGAAAGGUGAAACUAAGUGUGUCAUAAUCGCUGCCACUUCUGCUGACGUACCUAUGUUUGUGAUGAGAAGAAACCGUGAGAAAUUUGACAAUUUCCUGCUUCCGGCACUACUGACUACUUGGCUCCCCUGGCCCAAUGUUAUUCAUAACAACCUGGGCUUUAUGGGGAGACUCAUGAACACAGUUACUGAUACUCAGAAGAGAGCACUUAAUCCUUCUGGCAUGUUGUGGUGUGAUGUGCGUAGCACUGCUGAAAAUAACAUCCCUCCUUCUACUGGUGCUGCUAAAACUGUGGGCAAGAUCAUACCUGAACUGAAUGGGAAGUUCAUAGGCAUGGCUUUCUGUGUUCCUACUCCCAAAGUAUCUGUUAUGAGUCUGACCUGCCACCUGGAGAAACCUGCCCAAUAUGAUGAUUUCCAAAAAGUGUUGAAGCAACCAUCAGAUGGGCCUUUGAAGAACAUUCUGGGCUACACAGAAGGCCAAGUUAUAUUCUAUAACUUUAGCAGUGACACCCAAUCUUCUAUCUGUAAUGAAUGA